GAUCAAACGAGUCAUGUUUAAACAAUCGAGGCGAAACUGAAAGCAAAAAUAUCAAAUCUAGCGUUAAUCAAACUUAAUGCAAUAAAACAAAAAAUACUCAACAAACUCAAUAAACGCUAGUACAAAUUUUCAUAAACAGAAACCACUACUACAAAUAACCCUCUCUAUUCUCCAAUUGUACACAUCCCCUGGAUAAGUAGUGUCUCACAAGUGGACACGCAUGCGAAAGGCGGCAGCUGCCCCCAACACACCAACGAACGUCUGAUUUGACGCAGCGAUAAAGUUAUAAAAAAAGAAAAGCAGAAAAUAACAGAGAAGUGAACGCUCGAGACGCUCGCGAUAAGGAAAUCGACGCGUCGAACAGUCGAUCUAUCAAUCUAUCUGCUAAUUUAAAGACACGUUAACCAAUAGACAGGCAGUUGAGCGCGUAACGUAAAGCCUAGCAGAUCACAACGGGUUGUCUAAAGAAAGUAGUCACUCCAAGAAACACGCGCGUGGUCUAUAUGAAGUCUAUCUAGCGUGUGUGCGAAAUCAAAGUGUAUUGGGUGUAAAAAAAGCAUUAUAAUUUUCAAUACUGGUGUUUUUUUUUUAAUUUUGUUCUGAAAAAUUUACAAUACGGCAGAGUGAGGUGAAAGCAUUUAAAAUGGAUCCGAAUACUACGCAUAGAGAUCUGUAUGAUUUGCCGAAUAGCCAACCGAACGCGAAGUCGCGUAUUGCAGUCGCCGACGUUUAUGAAAAAGAAAAUGAAGAGUCCACUUUAGAUGACAUACUUAUUCGCAUUAGACAGUUUGGUCCAUUUCAGUUGAUCAUACUGCUAUUAAUUUGCCUGGCAAUGUUGUUCAGUGCGAUAUAUUCGAUAUCAUAUGUCUUUACGGCCAGUAGUGUUGUGCACAGAUGCAAAAUUCCAGAAUGCGAUAGCGCUUCCAGUGCUUACGAGGAGAGCUGGACCGAAUUUAGCAUACCCACGAAAAAUAAUGGUUUGGAUCAAUGUAAUCGUUUCGUGGGUAAUUACACCCAGAAUCAAACACCACAAAGUGAAUCAGUCGGGUUCUGCUAUGCGCAUAAUUUUGAUAGCAACAAGAAGGAGCGAUGUUCGGACAAUAAUUUCAUAUAUCGCGAUAUGGAAGUAACUAUAGCGAAUGAGUUUAACAUUUACUGCGAGGAUGAAUGGAAAUUGGCGAUGGUGGGCACCAUAGGCAAUCUGGGACAAUUUGUCGGCAUACCAUUGGGUGGUUUUAUAUCCGAUCGUUAUGGUCGACGCACUGCGCUCGCUUAUGGUGGCUUCUGUAGCGCACUCUUAGGGAUACUACGCUCGUUUACGCCCAGCUACACUUCGUUUAUAAUUUUCGAAUUUCUCGAUAACAUAGCAUCGAGUCCUAUGUACUCUGUUUGCUUUAUUUUAGGCAUUGAAUUGGUCGGACCGAAGCGUCGUGUCAUAGCUUGCAGUUUUAUCACGAUUUUCUAUGCCAUCGGUGAGGUAGCGCUUGGGCUUGUGGCAAAAUAUUUUCAAAAUUGGCGUGUCAUAUUACGUAUUGUUUAUAUACCGGCCGUAGUAUUUAUCACGUAUAUCUGGAUACUACCAGAGAGCAUACGUUGGCUGCUGAGUCAAGCUAAGGAGGAGGAUGCCAAAAAUUUAUUGCAACGUGCCGCGAGGGUGAAUAAACGCAAACUAUCCGAAAAUUUGCUGGAUAAAUUGAUUUUGUCAAAUCGUGAGAAAUUAGCUUCGGCGACAGGUGGUCGUUUUCCGAUUAGGGAGUCUUUUCAGAAACUAACUUGGCGCAUAAUAAAUUGUUCGUUCUGUUGGAUUAUCGUUGUGCUUGUCUAUUAUGGCAUCAGCUUGAAUGCAGUGCUAUUGGAUGGCGAUAAAUACAAUAAUUUCAUAUUAAUUGCGCUUAUCGAAAUACCCGGCUUCUUUCUACCACUCGCUAUCAUGCCUCGCUUUGGCAGAAGAUACUCACUGUGCGGUACAAUGCUGUUAAGUGGCUUUUGCUGCUUGAUAACAACUUUUCUGCCGGCAGAUCAGUUUGUUUGGCGUUUAACAUUUUUCUUAAUUGGCAAGCUAAUGAUUGCGGCAGCUUUUCAAGUGUUGUACUUUUUCACAUCGGAAAUCUUUCCGACAAAUGUGCGCAAUAGUUUGCUCUCGUUCUGUUCGAUGGUGGGACGUGUGGGCUCGAUGUUGGCGCCACAAACGCCGCUGUUGGCCAAGUUCAAUGAAAAUGCUCCCGCCAUUUUAUUUGCUAUUUGUGCUAUUACAAGCGGAAUUUUGGCGAUUUUCUUCCCGGAAACGACAGAUGUUAUAUUGCCAACGACGGUGCACGAUGCGCACAUUAUAGGCGCAAAGGCGUCAAAAAAUAAAACUGAAAUCAAUUCUAGUGAUAAUUCAUGAAGCUUUAGGCAUAUAAUAUCUGUAAAAGCACGCAAAAGUUAUUUUUUCAAAAAAACUACAAUAAAUUGAAGCUUAAUAAUAGAAAUAAAAAUGAAGAUGAAAGAA